AUGUUAAUAGUCAGAGGCGGGCUAACAGGUGUGGAACCGACUGCUGAAAUUGCUGUGGAUUUUCCUACCAAAAAGGUAAGACUGGUGCACAGGGGAUCAAGAUUGUUGGAAUUUAUAGGAGAAAGCGCUAUCAACAAGGCACUGAAUUGGCUUACUUCAAAUAAGGUUGAGGUCAUAUUGGGAUCUGGUGGAGAAACUACAGUCGCUGAUUGCCAUUUUCUUUGCAACUGUACACCAUUUGGUUCAGCAUGGCUAAAAGAGACUAUCUUGAAGGAUAAUGGUUGUGGAAGGGUAAUGGUUGAUCCAAGUUUGAGGAUCAAUGGACGCAAUAAUAUCUUUGCUAUUGGGGACAUCACUGAUGUUUCGUUCCUGUUUUUCAUAUUCAAGCAUGGGUCUGAAACUUAUGAUUACUUUGUUUUGGAGAUUGGUUGUAGUAAUUAA